AUCGACGUUCAAAACGUGACGUACAAAAAUAUACAAAAUUUUGAAGUUCUUUUUGAAAAUUUUCAUUCACAUUCUACAAAUUAAAUUAUGGCCAACGAUUUACUGAACGAAAAUGCAUUGAAAGAAAUGGGUGCAAUAUUUGACAAUCUAAGCGUUUAUCUCUACAAGGAAAAACAGACUAAUGAAAAUGAUCAGAAUGUAGAGAAUAAGGACAGCGAUGUAGUAAAUGGUUAUUUCGAACAGCUAUUGGAGAAGAUAGAGGGAUACCUAACUGCAAGUGAAAAUUCUAGCCAAGAAUUCGUCAAGAUUCUGUCUAUGAAGGCCUCACUGUUGUAUGAGAAAGCGAAAAUGAGACUUUUGCGCGAAUCAUGUACUGAUGCGCUCCAAACUUUGCAAUCUACUCUUAAAUUGAUUGAAGAUUAUGCUGAUCAUGAUUAUAUAAUAUUUCUAUAUUUAAGGAUUGUUAAUCAUGUAUCUUACCUUUUGUCGAAAGAUGGGAAGCUGGAAGAAGCAAGAACGCUUUUGGAAACUAUCCUAUAUAAAGAAUAUAGUCCAGAUAUUGUUGUUUACAGUACCGAAGAUUUGUUCAAGGUGGACGAACCAGACCCAAUGUUAUGCAGACUAAAAUUCAAUAAGCUUAUGCUCAAUAAUAUUCAAAUGUUGGGUUGGAUAUAUGGGAAGUUGGGUUUUCAAGACCUACACGCAUUCAUGGAACAUUUAUAUCUACAGAAACAGUUAGAUAUCGAUGAUUUGAACAUAAUAAAUUGGACUUCUAAAUGCUGUCGCUUGGUUAUCAUUUACCUGACCACCAAUAAUUGGAUUUAUGCGAGAUAUUAUUUAGCUUCAGUUGGAGCAUUGCUGGCUCAAAAAACCACCGACUCCAAACUGACCAUUGAGCCUCAAGCUAAAGUCAGCCUAAGUAAAGCGUGGAUCCACUAUGGACUACAUUUGUUCAGUGCCAGCAAGAAGAAACUGUUGGAAAAGAUGUACGACAAUGAAAACGAUGCCACGGAUAUAGAAGAAAAACCCCCAUUCCAAGUAUUGGAACAGCACAAGUUCCGUGGUUUACAAGUUACGAUACCGAACAUACCUGCCAAUUACAUAACAAACACACAAGAUGCCAGGACUCUCUUCGUUCAUACCCAGAACUGGUUGAAACACAUACGUACAUUUUAUACGUUGAGGGAUUAUCCCCUGCAAUACGUCAACGCAGUAUUAGAUUUAAGCGAAUUGUACAGAUUUUUGGCAUUUUACGAAACAGAUCUCGAGUCUCAGUAUAACGUCCAAAAGAGAAGAUCCGAGACGCUUGAAGCACUCAGUACUCUAUUAAGAGAAGUGAGACCAAGCUGUUACACAGCUGUGAGCAUUGAACUGUGGAGAGAAUUGGCCGAAGUACAAAUCGAGAUGAUGGGGAUCAAUUUGAAAAGGUUAUACACAUUCGAAUGCGAGCAAGAAACGGUUGGAAAUAUAAAGAAGAGGAUAGAAGCAGUAUCCGAAGUUCAUGAUAAGCUUGAAUCAAUUGGAGAUACAAUCCUUACAGUUCAGCCCAAUGAAACAGAAGUUGAGAACCAAGAAUUGAACUUAUCAUCUGGAGAAUCCUGCCAAUGAGAAUCGUCAAAGGAAGCUGUGAAUUUUUGCAUGAAAUUGUCAAAAUAGUGUCUUAUUAACAAUUAUUAUGAAAAUGUCAGUAUAAUAUUAAGAUUAUCUAAAAAUGAAUUGUUCCAUCUUGAGAAA